AUGGCUUUUUCCACACCAGCCAGCGUCAGGGUCUCGGGCCCUCCAAACAGGAGCUUUCUCGUGGGAUAUCCGGGCAUCUCCGCGACACUGCCACGGAUCGAGGGCAAGGUCGAGAUCCGGCCGGGCCUUGGCUACUCCAUGCCCGUCCCCGUAUCCCUCGUCCGGAUAAGCCUCCAGAAGCGCGAAACCAUACACCCCGACGCCGACAGCCUCACCAAGCGACAUCUGGGCGCCCCCCGCAAAGAGACGACCGACCUGGUGGGCAAAGAGGUGCUCCUGUACAGAUGCCAGACGGGCAAAGAUGCCGAGGAAAUCAUCGCCAUGGAUUUGCCGUUUGUCAUCUUCAUUCCCUUUGGCAGAGGCGGAGAGGAGGUCAACCGAAGAAUACCGCCGGCGUCUCUGCAGCUGCCUAGUAGGAUUGCAGAGACGUACUAUGAGCUGGUCGUGACCGUGCAGCAGGGUCCCAAGAACCAGUUCAAGUACAACUUUCCGCUGCCCAUUCUACGAUACGACACCCUGUCCACCUUUGGCAUGUACAACAAGCCCGAAGCGAAGCUCGUCUCGAGCGACAACCUCGUCAACCUGGGCAUCAACCUGCCGCGCUGGAGCUACGGCCCCAGCGACCCCAUCACCGUAUACAUCAAGGUGUCUCCGGCCCAGGGCGCUUGGUACAAGGCCAAGAAGGUCACCAUAGACAAGAUCACGCUGGGCAUAGAGGAGGAAAUCACGUUCAACCCCGAAGGUGACGAGCCGACCAAGAGGGUCAACAAGCUGGCAAAGCAAGUUCAGGUGGUCAAGACAAAGCUGCCGGAGGCCGGAUACGCGACCAACAUCGGCUUGGUUUUUCCCUCCAAGGACCUGAGAGACUCUGAAGGCAUCAUCAAGAGGGGCAAGCCAGCCUUUCCCCAGUACGAGGUCGCCUCCUUUACCACUUCGUCGACCCUUUACAAGAUUGAGUUUUAUCUCAACAUCAAGGUGCAAGUAAGCGGCGCAAGAGACCUUCAGAUACGUCAACCCAUCGUCAUCUGCCAUUUGGAUCAACAAGGCUGCAAGGAGGAAAUGGACGCCAUCGAAAUCGCCGCCAGAGAGGCCUCGCACGUCGACGUGAACAACCCCAUGCUUCCCGCCAGCACAAUUGUCACGGCAAACGAUCGAGAUGCGCUGCGCGCUUUGGGAUUGUGCAUAGUCAGGAAAACCGAAAAGAGGCCAUACAUUGAGUGA